CCACUGGGUGGCGAUAUAGCACUAUCAAUCUGUGUGAGCAGUCAUCAGCACUCGUUUCUGUUCCUUUCUCAUGCUCUGCAGAGGGCUGUCAGUGUAAAUAUUGAAAAGCAGCACGGCUGCCUGCUAGACCUCAGAGGCUCAGUUAUGUGUUAUAGUUUCUUGAAGUUACAUUGCUUUCCCGUGACUAAAUUCUUAUCUUGUGUCAGGCGAGAUAUGGUGUAUGAGUUAUUUAAUAGUAGGAAGCAAAUCAUAAUGUAGGUGCAUUCGGAUCUCUGUGGACUUAGAGGAAGAGAGAAAGAAGAAGAAAAACUCUGAAUCAACUGCCUUGAAGCAAAACCUCCCACACACGCACACACACACACACACACACACACACACACACACACACACACGAUCAUGCCGGGAAAAGCAAGGAGCCCUAUGUCACGUGACACCGCACAGUCAACAGGAAGAGACACACUCCAGGCCCCCUGACCCCCCCCCACAGCGGGCCGGAUCCGCACUGGUGGGGGUUGCAGCGGCUGCAGAUUUGGAGCAGGGCCGGGACAGGGGAUCCGGGGGUCACUUUUCUCCCCCCUGCCUGCCUGAGGAAGCACACUGGAGGGGCCUUGUGUGGAUACAGCCCUCUGGCCCUCUGAACAGGACACCACUGCCACCGCUGCCCCCAACAAUGGCCGAGUCAACCAGAGCCAAGUCCACAUGAAUGGGAACGCUACAGUGAGAAGAUGGCGACGGACGGAGCGGGUGGGGAGCAGCCUUCUCAGAUCCAAACGCUGACAACCGCUGUGUGUGGAAGCGUCGAAAUGAAAUGCGAGUUGAACAUGGACAACCUGAGCAAGCCCGAGCUUCUGACUCUGCUCAGCAUCAUGGAAGGCGAGCUGGAGGCACGGGACCUGGUUAUCGAGGCUCUUAGGGCCCCCCGGAACGAGGCCUUCAUCCAGGAGCGCUACGGCCACUUCAACCUGUCGGACCCCUUCCUGGCGCUGCAGCGCGACUUCGAGUCUGGGGGCGGGGCCAAGGCGCGGCGGGCGCCGUGCGCCAGCCCCCUGGCCGUGCUGGAGGUCGUCAUGGCGCACUGCCGGAGGAUGCAGGAGCGCAUGGCCGCGCAGCUCGCCGCCGCCGACGCCCGGCAGAAGAAGCUGGAGCAGGAGAAGGCGCAGCUGCAGGGCCUGCAGCAGGAGCAGCGGCGGCUGUCGGCGCAGCUGAGGGAGGAGCGGGAGAAGGGCAAGCACAUGGUCAGCAUGCUGGUGCGCGAGUGCAAGCAGCUGAGCGCCCGGGCGGCCGAGGAGGCGCGCCGCUGCCAGGAGCUCUCCGCCCAGCUGGAGGAGGAGGCGCGGGCCUCGGGCCGGCUGGGGGAGGAGCUGCGGGCGGAGCGGCAGAAGGGGCAGCAGGCGGAGGCGGCCUCGGAGAAGCAGCUGUGGGAGCUGGACACAGAGCGGGAGCAGCUGCGGGCGCGGCUGGGCCGGGAGGAGGCGCGCGGGGCGGAGCUGAGGGAGGAGAGCGAGGCGCUGCGCCGCCAGGUGGAGGAGCUGAGGACUGAGAGGGAGGCCCCGCCCCCUGAAGCUACGGCCGCGCCUCCUGCAGCUGUGGCCCCGCCCCCUGCGGACGAAGCCGCACCCUCCGCGGACAAGGUGGCCACGGUCUCCGUCGGCGUGGGGACCGAUCACGUGACCUGCCGGGUGGCCAUGUGUCAGACCGACCCGCCCGCGGCGGAAAUUGGCAUGGAGGGGCUGAGGAAGGCGCCCCUCGCCCUCCCCGCCAAACCGUCCCCCGCCAGCUACGGGGGCGUGGGCCGCGGGGCGCGGGGGCUCCCCCAGUCCGAGAACGGCCCGGGGGGGCCCGACCCCUCUCCAGCGCCCCACCCCACCGGGAUCAGCCCGCGGGUCCAGGCCGCCCGCUACAAGUUCCAGGCCCCCGCCGAGCAGGACCAAAACGGCACGCCCAGCCCCCCCUCCCGGGACCUGUCCCCCAACAACCGGGACAGCUUCGCCGCCCGGCAGCAGGCCCGGCACACCGUCACCCAGGUCCUGUCCCGCUUCACCAGCCCGCCCGCGGGGGGCGCCCUCCGGCCCGGCCCGCCCCACCCCGCCCCCGAGGGGGGGGGCCCCGUCCCCGCCCGGCUGGGCCCGCACGUCGGCCUCAAGUCCCCCACGCCGGGGCGGAUCGACCGCGGCAACCCUCCGCCCAUCCCACCCAAAAAGCCGGGCCUCUCUCAGACACCCUCCCCGCCCCACCCCGCCAUGAAGGUGUCGGGGGAAGGCGUCAGGCCCCCGGCCCCUGGCGCGGGGGGACUGCCCAAACCGGCCACGCCCCAGCUCCCGCCCAAGCCCGCCGUCGACCUGGCGGGCCGGGGGGGCGGCUGUCCCGUCCCAGCCUUGACAGCGACUCAGGUGGGUGCCGGCCCCGCCCCGGAGCAGGGGCCCCACCGGCCCGCAUGCGCAGGGUGUUCCCCUAGCUCCCCCGCCCCCCCCGCUAGCGCCGCGCCCCGUAGCCCCUGUGAGUCAGACAGCCUCCCGGCAGCAGCCUCAGGCUGGUGUGCGCCCGUAGCCCCCCCGCCAGGCUGCGGGGGCCCCGUCCCCCUGGUCGACGGGCGCACCCUCCUCCUCCUCGCUGCUGCCCAGGGAAACGUCACUUUGCUCUCCGUGCUGCUCAGCCCCGGCGAGGGAGGCGCCGCUGCCUUGUGUUCUGCUGCUCAAAACGGACACACAGAAUGUGUGAAGCUGCUGCUGGCUGCAGGUGUUGCCGCUGAAGUUCCAGAUAAAAAGGGCUUUACGCCUCUGCACACUGCUGCCGCCCACGGCAAGCCCAGGCGCGUGGAGGAGCUGGCGGGCGUGGCCGUGGACGUCGACCACGCGGCGGCGGACGGGCGGACCGCGCUCUUCCUGGCGUGCGGGAGCGGGAGCCCCGACAGCGUCAGGGCCCUGCUGGACGCCGGGGCCGACCGCACCCUCGUCACCGCGGACGGCUGGACGACCCUGCACGCCGCGGCCAGCAUGGGUAACGCCUUCUGCCUGGAGCUCCUCCUCCACCACCCGCCCCCCAGCGCCGAGCCCGCCUCCCCUGCUGCCGUGACCGCCGCCCCCCGGGACAAGAGGCCCCCCCUCCUGCCCAGCGCCCUCCUCAACCACUGCAACCGGGACGGCUGGACCCCCGCCCACAUCGCUGCAUCCAAAGGCUUUAAGAAUUGUCUGGAGGUGCUGUGUGGCCACAGCGAGCUGGACAUUGAGAAAAGGGACAAGUGCAACCGGACUAUCCAUGACGUGGCCACAGACGACUGCAAAGACCUGCUGGAGAACCUGGACUCCUACAGGGUUCUGAUCCGGAUCCAGAGAGGCUCGGAGGAGCGGGUCUGCACCGUGGACAUGCUGGAGGACGGGCUCACCGUCGGCAUGGUAACGGUGCGCAGGGCCACCGGCUGGGCGGAGCUGUCCCAGAGUCUGACCCGGGCCCUGUCCGCUCACUUCCUCCUGUUGAGUGGGGGCGGGGCUUCUCUGGGGCUCAGCGCCGACAGCGUCUCCUCCGUCCUCAUUGGUGAUGCUGUUUGGCGCCCUGGCCAGCCGCUCUCCCCGUCGCCGUGGGACCUGAUAAGGAAGCGUCACUGUCAGCACCUGACCGUCAGGCUGAAAGGCCUGUCUGAGUCGUCUCUGGAGGAGCUGGUGUAUGAUUCUCUGAUCCCCCUGCAGCUGCUCCAGAACUACAUCCGGCUGGUGGAACAGUAUCGCAAUAUCAUCUUCCAUGGCUUAGAGGGAAGCUGCCAGGAUUAUAUAGCCAAUCAAAUCUGCCGAUGCAUAAAGCACAAACAGGAAGCUAUGGGCGUUUGCUGUGACAUCAUCAGAGUGGAGGUGGAUGAGACCCUGUCCAAGGAACAGCUGGUGGAGACCUUCAUCAACUGUGGCUUCCUGGUCCCCGAGCGGCAGUGUGUGACCGGUGCUAGUGUGGUGGUGCUGCUGGAGGGUCUGGAGAGAGCCCGCUCCCUGUCGGAGCUCCUGGGGGACCUGUGCGAAGGGCUGGAGAACCGGGGCUCGGCCUACCCGCUGCCCCUGCUUCAUGGUGAGGCCUGCUCUCAGUGGCCAGGGGGAGCUCUGGUUCCCUGGGGCUCAGACUACCCGCUGCCCCUGCUUCAUGCUCAGGACGGCUGCGGCCUGCACCACUUCCACGAGGGCGGCUUUCUGAUUGGCACGCUCACCAAGCCCCGCCUACAUGGGGCGGAGCUUCUGCUGCAGCAGCACUUCCGCUGGGUGCAGCUGCGCUGGGACUCAGAACCACUAUCUGGCCUCCUGAACCGACACCUGAACAGGAAGCUGGUGCACAAGAUGAGGGGCCAGGUGCCUCCCGCCUCCGACGUGCUGAGUCGGACUGUGGCCUGGGUGUGCGCCGUGUGGCAGCAGCUCAACUCCUGCCUGACCCGUCUGGGGGCCCCGGAGGCCCUGAUAGGGCCACAGAUGUUCCUGUCCUGCCCCGUGGUACCAGAGCAGGCCCAGGCUGUCCUCAAGUGGCUGUCCCGGCUGUGGAACGUGGUGGUGGUCCCCCGCGUGGAGGAAGCCAUCGGCGCCAGGGUGACGGCCAAACGGUCUCCGGGCCAGCGCCAGUCGCCCAGCAACAAAAACCUGUGUCCCAGGCAACAGGCUGUGGUGAAGGCUGCCCUCAGCAUCCUGGUCAACAAGGCCGUCCUGCAGGGGUGUCCACUGCAGCGCACAGAGAUAGAUGAGCACCUGCCGGCAUUCCAGGGCGGUGGCUUCCCCCUGCUGUCACUCAGCCCGAAUAAGGGCGGAGCUAAGAAGGGGCGGGACGCCGCCGGCUGGCGGAAGGCUAGCACCAGCCCGCGCAAGAAGGGCGGCCCCGCCCCCGCCUGGAGGGCCGGUGGCACGCUCAGAGAGGGUUUGCUGUGCAGCACUGACUCCAGUGGCCAGAGGGAGGACGUGCAGCUGUCUCUGAGCUCAGAUGACCUCAUUCAGGAGCUGCAGGCCAUGUGCAGCAGCCGCUCCGAGCCGGACGUCAGUAAGGUGGGUCGCUCUCCCUCGAACCUCAGCGCCCCUGGGCCCGCCGGCAGCAAAAGCAGGGCCCCCAAACCCAGGUCCCAGCUCCCUGUCCCAGCCAGCACCCUGCAGCCCCCCGGCAGCGUCCCGCGCAGCAGAACAAGGCAGACGCCGUUGCCCAAAAGCAAACCGCCAGAGGAGAUCUGGAUCCUGCACAGAGAGCCGCACUGAAACCCAGGCCUCGCCCCCUUUUCCCUGUUCUCUCUCUCCACCUCGUCACAGUAGAACUGAGACUGCUUUUCGUAUCUGUUCUCGUUAUAGCCGUACUUGAUGCAAUGUAUAACAUUGUGUACAUGGGGACCGUAGUUCUAUUCUGUUAUAUAGUGUAUUGAGUUUUAGGUGGGGGAGAACUCAACAUGUUAAACCAGCCUUUGGCAAAACGAAACAAAAAAAAUUAUUUGGAUCAAAGCAACAGGACAAUUUUUUUGGAUAUUGCUUUUUUUUUUUUUUUAGAACAUAAGUGUUCCAUGUUUAAAUAGUUGCAAGGUUGUUUUAAAUACUGUUACAAUCAAUCAGGGUUUUACCAAAUGUGUAAAUAGGAACUAGAAACUUAUAGUAUAUAGAUGGACAGUGGUGUUUAACUUGUACAGUGAAGAUCUUAAAUAUUGUACAUAUGUUUGUACUUUAACAUUUAUUUGGUUUGUAAUUGUUCACUUGUUUCAAAGUGAAUGGAACGUGGCAAUAAGUAUCAUAACUAAAAACACAGGACAUUUUCUUUCAACCGUAAGCCAUAAUAAACAUUUCAAUUAGCCAUAUCCAAGAAUGUAGGAAUAUAGGGGGUAGGGGGGGGACAUGCCUCCCCAAUGACUGCCGUUAAAUAUGAUUAUGCAGAAAACACCAUGUAAUUCCUUUAAACAUAGAAUUCAAUUACAAAUCCCCCCCUCCCCACACCACUAAUUAUGGUUUGACCCACCAUGAUGCACAGCUCUUAUUUAUGAAACCACAAAGAGGAUAUAUAAUUUUUAAAAAAGAAAAAGAAACAGAAUAUGUAGUCAACGGUUUGCAUGAUUGCAGGAGUUGCUCGUUCUGUGGACUUCUCUUCCCAUUUGUAGUAGAAAUGCUGUGUGUCACCAGUCAGAAGCUAGUGCGUUGAUGUCCUCUGUCAGUCACAGUGGUGGAAGAAAAAAGUGAUUAACUUUUGCAGCUAGCUCAUUAACUAUGUAUGUAUAUGCAAGCUAAUCUCAGCUGUAAAAAAAAAAAAAAAAAAAACUAAAACUAAAAAACAGCAUUUUCAAUACUUGUAACCCAGCUUGCCUGCAAUAUAAAUAGCAGCCUUUGUCAUUUAAUGAAUAGAUUAGCUAGAUGGCAAUCAGUGAAUGAACAUGCAGGCUGGGUAACUAAGGUUACCCUGCGAUGUCCACUCACAGAAAGAAACCAGGAAACUAUGCAGUGGUUUGCCAAACAGGCAAUUAAUGUAAUGCCCCCCUCCCCCCAUUGCAGUGUUAAUAUUUAUUAGGUAAUGUUUUGUAGCCAAGUAUUGUAAACCUUAAAUUUACAAGUUUUCUUGUUUCUUUUCAUGCAGCUGCCGUUUUACUGGCAUCUUAUUGCUGCUAGCCAGCUUGUAGGAUGUUGCACUGAAUGUUUGCCUUUCUAUUGCAUUUAAAUUAUGUUGGCUAAGGUUAUAAAAAGUCAUUUCGAUUUUUAAUUUUUUUAUUUGAGCAAGUUCACUAGCAAUCAAUAGAACUAUAAGUUUGAAUUUAACAACAAACUACUGUCAACCCAGAAUGUAUAGUUUUAGUAGUAAUGCUAUGGGCAUAGACUUUGACCCCACAUAGACUGACGGUCAGUAGAGAGUCCAGGGGAGAAAAGUCCCAUUAGAUAAGUAAGUUAUUUUUUUAAAUGAAGAAAGCUAGGAUGUUGUGGGAUAUGGUGACACGUAGGAUAUGCCAGAAGAGCACCUCACUAGCCAAUCAACCGUGCUGCACACUUCUCAUUCGGCUGAGCACUGCCAUGUACUGCAAGCACACAGGAGGCCUGGAGUUAGUUGGGUGAUCACCGUUAGUGUCCCCCUCAGUUAUUUAAAAAAAGAAAAUGUCCUGUUAGUCAGUCCCUCCCCUCUCCCCUCGCUCAACUGAACUUUACGCCAUUUCCCAUACCUGCCUAACCCCUCAUAACCCCCCCGACACAGAAUUAAAGCAGAAAGCGUGUAAACAUUUUUGUUGAAAACAGUGUUGCGUUUUCCCAUUUUACUUCAUUUGAAACGUUCAUGUGUACUGAAGAAUUGUUCGGACUGGCCUCUGUUGUGCUCCAGCGUUAAGUAUCUGUCGAGUGGGGGCUGAAGAAGUGCCCUGCUUUCUGCAUAAGCACAAGCAUUAAACUGCACUCCAGUUUCUAGAA